GAAAGAACCUUAGUACAAGUACCUGGUCGAUAUAUUAAGGUACGAUAUACUUUUCACAACGCAAGCAUGUGAAAGGAUAGCGGGGUUCUAUAGCGGGGUUCUAAGCUCCAGGGGCAGAUCCAACACUGGAGCUUAGAUUGGGAGCUCCGCCAAACUUCGCCCCAGAUCAACUCCCACUACGACCACUACAUUACCUUAGGUAGAUAGUAUACUACUUCCACUAAUAACCACUAUACCAAUCCCUACCUAAUCUACCUAAAGCAAGACCAUUCCCAUUACUUUCCACCAACAACAUCGCCAUCUUCAAUACACAUACAUAUUGCUUACCUAUUAAUAACUAUGUCCUCAACCCCCACAAACCCCUCCACCUCCUCCCAACCGCCCCCCCCCGCCUUCGACUUCCCCCGCGAAUACCACUUCCCGCCCUUCUUCACCCGGCAAACCAACCUGACCACGCACCACUCCCAACUCGAGAAGUGGUCCUCCCUCAUCCUCUCCUACGCGCGCCACCACCGGCUCUUCCGCCUGUCCCUCUCGUACGACGGGACCCCCUACGAAGACCUGUUCCGGAACCGCAGGAUAAACCGCUCCUUGAGACUCGCCGAUGCCAGGGAGGUGUUGGAGUUCAUGAGGAAGGAGGGGAGGGCGGAACCGGUCGGUACGGGAACGGGGUCGGGGAGAGACGGCGAGAAUGGGAAUGGAGGAGGAGGGGGGGAUGUGUAUUGGGUGUACUGGCGCACGCCGGAGGAGUGGGCGGGUUUGAUCGAGGGGUGGGUGGAUGAGACGGCGCAGAAGGGCACGGUGUUGACGCUGUAUGAGUUGACGGAUGGGGAGGGGACGAGGGGUACUGAAUUCUACGGCCUCGAUCCCGACCUCUUACAGAAAGCGCUACAAGUCCUCGUCAAGCGCGGCAAGGCGCAGAUCUUCGGACAGGAAGACCAGCAAGGAGUCAAGUUCUUCUAAGUACGGAAUAUCGAACACCGAGAACGAAAUCCAAGUCCAAGCCCAAGUCCAAGUCCAAAUCCGAUUUGUGAUUUGUUCUGUUCUGCUAUAGGCUACCUGCUGCGAUCAAGUAUAUAUUCCAUAAUAAUA